UUGGCACACUCCUAUUUUGCUUUCACCAUGUCCGAGACCGCGCCACCCGCUCCUGCUCCGCCCGCCUCCACCGCCCCGGAGAAACCUGCGGCUGGCAAGAAGGCGAAGAAGCCGACGAAGGCCGCGGCGGCUGCCAAGAAAAAGCCCGCGGGGCCCUCCGUUUCUGAGCUGCUGGUUCAGGCUGUCUCCUCUUCCAAGGAGCGCAGCGGCGUGUCGCUGGCCGCGCUCAAGAAGGCGCUGGCAGCCGCGGGCUACGACGUGGACAAGAACAACAGCCGCAUCAAGCUGGGCCUGAAGAGCCUGGUGAGCAAGGGCACCCUGGUGCAGACCAAGGGCACCGGCGCUUCUGGCUCCUUCAAGCUCAACAAGAAGGCGGCUUCCGGCGAGGCCAAGCCCAGCGCUGGCAAGGGGGCGGCGAAACCCAAGGCGACAGGCGCUUCUAAGAAGCCCAAAAAGGCUACUGGCGCUGCUGUUAAGAAAGUUGUCAAAACUCCAAAGAAGAUCAAAAAGCCACCAGUGACCAAGAAGGCCUCCAAGAGCCCCAAGAAGCCUAAGGCUGUGAAGCCCAAGAAAGUAGCCAAAAGCCCUGCCAAGGCCAAGGCUGUGAAGCCCAAGGCGCCCAAGGCUAAGGUGACCAAGCCGAAGACCGGUACCAAGCCCAAGAAGAACCCUGAGAAAAUCUUUUCGGUCAAAUCAUCUUUUAGACAAUGUCCUUCACAUGGAGAAGCACAGUGUACUGACCCGUGGGUGAGCAAAGUGCACUGACGUUUCCAUUUCCCGCUGCUGAC